GACAUACCUUUUGAUGAAGUGUCUAAAUUGAAGGUUCUCCGAUUCCGAAUUCGACCUGGUAAUCUGCCUCUGCUGAUACCAUGGUUUAAAAUUAGAAGCAAUUAUGCUGGCGAUAACCUGUUAUCUCGCAAUCAAUACCCCUCGGACGUCACGGGUUGGCUUUCUCUAUCUGUAGACUCACCAUUCCCCCACUAUUGAUUUUGGCCUGUUGCCAAGCUCAUAUGUCAUCACAGUAUGAGCCGGGAGGCUACUCCAACCUGCAGACGACCCAGACGCCCUCGAAUCGCAACUCCGCCAGCAUGACCCAGCGGGACGGCAUCAUCAAGUUCGAGAACGAGCGCAUCAAGACGCUCCAGGAGGAGCGGCUGCACAUCCAGAAGAAGACCUUCACGAAAUGGAUGAAUUCGUUUCUGAUCAAGGCCAAAAUGGAGGUCGAAGACCUAUUCACAGACCUGGCCGACGGCAUCAAGCUGCUCAAGCUGCUGGAGAUCAUCUCGUCGGAGAAACUGGGCAAGCCGAACAGCGGACGCAUGCGCGUCCACAAAAUCGAAAAUGUCAACAAGAGUCUGGCAUUCUUGCACACCAAGGUACGCUUGGAGUCCAUUGGUGCCGAGGACAUUGUGGACGGCAACCCCCGACUCAUCUUGGGUCUCAUUUGGACCAUCAUUCUGCGCUUUCAGAUCCAGGAAAUCGAAAUCGAUGUGGAUGAGGAGAACGAAUCCAGUGAAAAGCGUUCCGCCAAAGAUGCGCUCCUGCUGUGGUGCCAGCGGAAGACCCAUGGGUAUCCGGGCGUCAACAUCACGGACUUUACCAACUCGUGGCGCUCGGGUUUGGGCUUCAAUGCCCUGAUCCACUCCCACCGGCCGGACCUCUUCGAGUACAGCACCAUCGUCAACUCGAAGAACUCGAACCUGGACAACCUGAACCAUGCCUUCGACACGGCCGCCAACGAGCUGGGCAUACCCAGUCUGCUCGACGCCGAGGACGUUGACUCGGCCCGCCCCGACGAGAAGUCGAUCUUGACCUACGUGGCCUCCUACUACCACACCUUUGCGCGCAUGAAGAACGAGCAGAAGAGUGGCAAGCGCAUUGCGAAUAUCGUGGGCCAGCUGAUGGACGCCGAUCGCAAGAAGAUGCAGUACGAGCGCCUGACCACAAACCUGCUGAGCUGGAUCCGCCAGAAGACGCUCGAGCUGGAGCAGCGCGAUCUGCCCAACUCGCUGGAGGGCAUCCAACGGGAACUGCUCGCCUUCAAGGAGUACCGCACCAUUGAGAAGCCGCCCAAGUACAAGGAGCGCAGCGAGAUCGAGGCCCUGUACUUCACGGUCAACACUCUGCUGAAAGCUCUGAACCAGCCGCCAUACAACCCGCAGGACGGCCAGCUCGUCAACGACAUCGAGAAGGCCUGGCAGAUCCUGGAGUACGCCGAGCACCACCGCGAGGUGGCACUGCGCGAGGAACUGCUGCGCCAGGAGAAGCUCGAGCAGCUGAACUACAAGUUCGAGAAGAAGUCCGUGCUGCGCGAGGGCUACCUCAAGGAGAUGAUCCAGGUGCUGUCCGACCCGCGCUACCUGCGCCAAGUGGACGCCACGUUGAAGAAGCACGAGGCCAUCUCGGCGGACAUCCUGGCGCGCGUGGAGCGCUUCAACGACCUGACCGCCAUGGCCGAGGAGCUCGACAGGGAGAACUACCACGGCAAGGAGCGAGUGCGCCGCCGCGAGCAGGAGGUGAUGGCCAAGUGGCGCCAGUUGCUGGAGCUGCUCGAGAACCAGCGCCUCAACCUCUCCCAGAUGAGCAACCUGAUGAACCUGCUGCGCGAGAUUGCCGGCACCACGGAGUCCGUGCGCGAGCUGCAGCAGCAGUUCGCCUCCGAGGACGUGGGCCCCCAUCUGCUGGGCGUGGAGGAGCUGCUGCAGGCCCACUCCCUGCAGGAGCUGCAGGUCAACACCUACGGCGAGACUCUGAAGCGCUUCAACCGCCAGGCUUUACCCUACAAGAACUCCGAGCACAAGGACGCCGCCCUGCUGGCCCAGCGCCUCUCCGAGCUGGAGGAGGCCUACUCUGAACUGCUGCGACGCUCUGCCGCCCGGAGAGCGCGUCUGGAGGAGGCGCGCAACUUCCACCACUUCAUGGAGGACUACGACAACGAGGAGUCCUGGCUGGUGGACAAGCAGCGCAUCUGCAAGACGGGCAUCACGGCCAAGGACCUGCGCGCGGUGCUGUCACUGCAGCAGAAGCACAAGGCCCUCGAGGACGAGAUCAAGUCGAGGAAGCCCAAGUCCGGCCAGAUGUCGGAGGCCGGCAAGCGGCUGAUCGGCGAGCAGCACCCGCGCUCCUCGGAGAUCCAGAGCCGGAUCGACUCGCUGGCGGAGCACUGGCAGGCCCUGGAGGCGCUCGUGGAGGUCAGACGCCGGCAGCUGGAAGACGCCGCCGAAGCCUAUCAGUUCUACACGGACGCCAACGAGGCCGAGUCCUGGCUGAACGAGAAGAUGGCCCUGGUCAACUCCAAGGACUACGGCAGCGACGAGCCCUCGGCCCAGGCCCUGCUCCAGCGACACCGCGACCUGCAGGGCGAGCUGAACGCCUACUCCGGAGACAUCCUCAACCUGAACCAGCAGGCGGACAAGCUGAUCAAGGCGGGCAUCUGCACGCUGGAGCUGUCGGCCGUCGAGCCGGAACUGCCCGAGGUGGAGCAGGAGGAGUGGGUGAACGAGACAAGGCUGGUGCCCAAGGAGGUGUGGGAGGACGAGUGGGUGGAGAAGCUGGAGCACAAGAAGGUCACCGAGACCAAGCUGCUGCCCCACGUGCGCUCCCUCUUCCCCUUCGAGGGCCAGGGCAUGAAGAUGGACAAGGGCGAGGUGAUGCUGCUCAAGUCCAAGACCAACGACGACUGGUGGUGCGUCCGCAAGGAGAACGGCGUGGAGGGCUUCGUGCCCGCCAACUAUGUGCGGGAGAUCGAGCCCCGCCCGGUAGCCUGCAUCGUUCCCAAGGCGGAGAAGGUCAAGUCCCUGCAGAAGGUGAAGAAGACCAUCCUGGUGCGCCAGGUGGUGCCGGUAAAGAGGAUCAAGCCGGUCAGCACCGCGCCCAAGCCACUGGUGCAGCGCAGGACCUCCAGCCAGAGCAUCAACGAGAACGCCGACAGCGUGGAGAAGCGCCAGCAGAGGAUCAACGCCACCUACGACGAGCUGCAGGAGAUGGCCCAGAAGCGGCACGCCCUGCUGGAGGACUCCAUCCACCUGUUCGGCUUCUACCGCGAGUGCGACGACUUCGAGAAGUGGAUGAAGGAGAAGGAGCGCAUGAUCAAGUCGGACGACGGCGAGGGCGUGGAUAACGCCAAGCGCAAGUUCGAGAAGUUUAUCACGGACCUCUCCGCCGCCUCGAAGCGCGUCGAGGAGAUCGACGGCGCCGUGGACACCUUCCGCCGCCAGGGGCACUCCCAGCUGGACAAGAUCAUAGCCCGCCAGCGCCAGAUCCACCAGAUCUGGCAGCGCCUCAACAACGCCAAGGCCCAGCGCGAAAAGUCCCUGGAAGGGGCCUCCAGCGUGGAGCUCUUCAACCGCACCUGCGACGAGGCCAAGGUCUGGAUGAGCGAGAAGAUGCUCCAGCUGGACACGGCGGUGAUCACCCCCGACCUGCGGACGGUGCAGGCCCUCCAGCGCCGCCACCAAAACCUGGAGCGCGAGCUGGCCCCCGUCGAGGACAAGGUGAACAGGGUGACCUACCUCGGCAACUCCGUCAAGAACGCCUAUCCCGCGGAGCGGGACAACGUUAAUGGCCGCCAGAAGGAGGUCCAGGACAUGUGGCAGCAGGUGCAGCAGCGCGGCAACGACCUCCGCAACCGCAUCGAGAGCGAGGUGGGCCAGCAGAUCUUCAACAACAGCGCAAAGACCCUCCUCGCCUGGAUCGACUCUGUCAAGGACCAGCUGAACGCCGACGAGUCUGCCCGCGACGUGGAGACGGCCAACAACCUCCUGAAGAAGCACAACGACCUGGGCGACGACAUCCGGGCCCACGACAACGAGUUCCUGGAGAUCAUCCAGCUGGGCAAGCAGCUCUCCGACGGCAAGCCCCACAUGGCGGAAACCGUGGCGCUGAUCGAUCGCCUUAAGGCCGAACAGGAUGCCAUCCACCGGGGCUGGGCCGAGAAGCAGAAGUGGCUGCUGCAGUGCGUCGGCCUGCAGAUGUUCAACCGGGAGGCGGACAAGAUCGACGCCACCACCAAGAGCCACGAGGCCUUCCUCGAGUACAACAACCUGGGCUCCUCCCUGGACGAGGUGGAGGCCAUCCUCAAGCGGCACCUGGACUUUGAGAAGAGCCUGAUGGCCCAGGACAAGAUCCUCAAGGGAUUCUCGGACAACGCCGACAAGCUUAUUGCCAAUGAUCACUAUGAUUCCAAGUACAUCGGUGAUCGGCGCAACCAAGUGCUGGGCAAGCGCAAGGCCGUCCGAGACCGCGCCUUUGAGCGCAAGCGCCUUCUGCAAGCUUCCAAGGACUUCCAGAAGUUCGCCGCUGAGGCGGACGACCUCAAGGUGUGGCUGCAGGACAAGACCAGGAUCGCCGGCGACGAGAACUACCGCGACCUGAGCAACCUGCCCCGCAAGCUCCAGAAGCACCAGGCCUUCGAGCGCGAGCUCCGCGCCAACGAGGGUCAACUGAGGAACGUGACCAAGGACGGACAGGCCCUGGUCCAGGCCGGCAACCGGGUGCCCGAGGUGGAGGCCCGAGUGGCCGAUCUGAACAAGCGCUGGAAGGAGUUGCUCACCCUGUCGGAGGACAAGGGCCGCAAGCUGGAGCAGGCCUCCUCGCAGCGGGAGCACAACCGCGCCCUGGAGGACGCCAAGAAGAAGGUGGAUGAGCUGGACUCGGCCCUGCGAAGCGGCGACGUGGGCAACGACCUGCGCAGCUGCAAGGAUCUGAUCAACAAGCAGCAGAUCCUCGAGUCGGAGAUCACCAUCUGGGACCAGAAGGUCGCCGAGCUGGUGUCCACGGGAGAUGAUAUGGCCCACGAGGGGCACUUCAACGCCCAGAACAUCGAGGCCGGCACCAAGGAGCUGCAGCAGCGCUUCAAGGACCUGCGGGAUCCCACCCAGCGCCGCCGGGCCAAGCUGGAGGAGAGCCUCAACUACCACAAGUUUGUGUUCGAACUGGAUGCAGAGUUCCAGUGGAUCAACGACCACCUGCCGGCCGCCAAGUCUAACGAGCUCGGCCAGAACCUGCACCAGGCGCAGUCCCUGCACAAAAAGCACAAGAAGCUGGAGGCGGAGAUCAAGGGCCACCAGCCGAUGAUCAGCAAGGCCCUCCAAGCCGGCCAGACCCUGAUCGGCCAGCAGCACCCUGAGAAGGACCGCGUGCAGGAGUUGUGCCAGCAGCUCGAGCAGGCCUGGCACGACCUGGAGGGCCACUGCGCGGAGCGAUCGCGCAAGCUGGACAUGUCUUUGAAGGCCCAGCAGUACCUGUUCGAUGCCGGCGAGAUCGAGUCCUGGCUGGGUGAGCGCAACAACGCCCUGCGGUCCACGGAGUACGGCCGGGACCGCGACUCGGCGGCCAAGCUGCUCACCAAGCACAAGACCAUCGAGCUGGAGUUGGACACCUACUCGGGCAUCGUCACCGAAAUGGGCCACAGCUGCGCCUCUAUGGUGGCUGCCGGGCAUCCGGACAGCAAGGUCCUGGCCGCCAAGCAGCAGCUGAUCGAGAAGAUGCUCAAGUCCCUGCACAAGCUCGCCUCCCAGCGCCAGGUGCGCCUCAUGGAGAGCCUGUACAAGCACGAAUACUUCCUGGAGUCCGACGAGGUGGAGCAGUGGAUCCGCGAGCAGGAGCAGGCCGCCUCCUCCGAGGACUACGGCCAGGACUUUGAGCAUCUGCAGCUCCUGCAGAACAAGUUCGACGACCUCAAGCAUCGCGUAGAGGUGGGUGCCGAUCGGGUGGACCAGUGCGAGCUCCUUGCUAAGAAGCUGAUUGAUUCCGAGAGUCCCUACGCCAACGAGGUGGAGAAGCGCCAGGAGCAACUGAGGACAUCCUGGGAGAACCUACUGCAGCUGCUCAACCAGCGCGAGCAGAAGCUCCACGCCGCCGGCGAGAUCCAUCGUUUCCACCGCGACGUGGCUGAGGCCCUCUUCCGCAUCCAGGACAAGGACGCCGCGCUGUCCAACGAACUGGGCAGGGAUCUCAACUCUGCCCUGGCCCUGCUGCGAAAGCACGAGGGCUUCGAGAACGAUCUGGUCGCCCUGGAGGCCCAACUCCAGGUGCUCGUUGAGGACUCUGUGCGCCUGCAGGCCAAGUAUCCUUCCAACGCCGCGGCCAUAGCCCAGCAGCAGGACAAGGUGGUGGCUGCCUGGAACGACCUCAAGGAGCGGUCCACCGCUCGCGGAGACCGUCUGGCCGCCAGCUCUGACCUGCAGACCUUCCUGACGGACGUCAGGGACAUCGUCUCCUGGUCUUCGAACCUGCGCGCCGCCCUCCAGGCGGAGGAACACGUCAGCGACGCCAUCGGUGCCACCGCCCUGAAGAUCCAGCACGACGCUAUCUACGGAGAGAUCGAGGCCAGGGAGGACAAGUUCCGCUACCUGAACGAGCUGAGCGACUCCAUGGUCCAGACCGGGCACUACGCCGCCGCCGACGUGGAGGAGAAGUGCGCCGCCAUGCUGGACGAGCGCCAGAAGCUGCACGCCGCCUGGAACAAGAAGAAGAUCAUGCUGGAGCAGAAGAUCGACCUGUUCUGCUUCCUGCGCGACGCCAAGCAGAUCGACAACCUGUCCAGCUCCCAGCAGGCGGCCCUCAGCAGCUCCGACUUCGGCCAGACUGUGGAGGACGUCCAGAACAAGAUCCGGAAGCACGACGAGUUCGAGCGGCUCAUCCAGACGCAGGAGGAGAAGGUGGCCCUGCUCCAGGAGCACGGCCGCAAGCUGAUCGAGCAGCGCCACUACGACAGCGCCAACAUCCAGACCAUCCUGCAGGGCGUCCUGGCCCGUCGCCAGAAGGUCAAGGACCUAUGCGCCGUGCGGCGCUACAAGCUGGAAGACGCCCUGUUGUACGCCAAGUUCGUGAGGGACUGUGCCGAGGCCGAGUCCUGGAUCAACGAGAAGCAGAAGAAGCUGGAGGCCGACGCUGCCAGCUACGCCGAGGUGGCCAACCUGGACGAGAAGAUCAAGAAGCUGCAGAAGCACCAGGCCUUCCAGGCCGAGGUAGCCGCCAACCAGGGCCGCAUCCAGGAGAUUCAGGACACGGGAGUCAUCCUCCUCAGCAAGCAGCACGAGUCAUCGCCGGAGAUCAAGCAGGCCAUCGAAAGGGUGCUCCAGGCCUGGCAGGGACUGCUGGCCGAGCUGGAGCAGCGCGGCCGAGGCCUGGAGGAGGCCCAGGACAUCCUGGAGUUCAACAGUCAGCUGGACAAGAUCGAGGCCUGGAUCCGCGACAAGGAGAUGAUGGUGCAGGCCAGCGACACCGGCCGCGAUCUGGAGCACUGCAACGCCCUGAUGAGGAAGCUGGACGACGUGGACUCUGACAUGAGAGUGGACGACCAGCGGGUGAAGCACAUCAACCAGCUGGCCGACAAGCUGAUCAACCAGGCCCAGCUGCCGGCGGACACCCAGAGCGUGGACACCCGGCGCCAGGACUUCAACCGCAACUGGCGACAGCUCCAGGGGGCCCUCAACGCCUACCGUGCCCUGCUGGGCGGAGCCAACGAGAUCCAUGUGUUCAACCGCGAUGCGGACGACACGGCCGAGCGGAUAGCCGAGAAGGCCCUGGCCAUGAGCUCCACGGACACCGGCAGAGACCUGGCCGCCGUCGAGUCCCUGAUCCGCAGGGAGGAGGCUCUGGAGCGGGACAUGUCGGCGGUGAAGCAGAAGAUCGACCAGCACGAGACCGCCGCCGACUUCCUCAUCAAGAAGUACCCGGAGCGCGGGGCCCAGCACAUCGAGCGCAAGCUGGAGGAGCUGCACAAGUCGUGGGCCAACCUGCAGGCCUUGUCCGUCAAGCGGCAGAGCCUGCUGAACGAGGCCUACCUGGGCCACAAGUUCGUGUCGGAUGUGAAGGAGCUGGAGCUCUGGGUCAACGACAUGGUCAAGAAGAUGAACAACGCCCAGGCCCCGUCGACCAUCAACGACUGCGAGACGCAGCUGGAGCUGCACCAGGAGCGCAAGGUGGAGAUCGAGGGCCGCGAGGAGGCCUUCGCCGGCCUGCAGAAGCAGGGCGACCUACUCUCCAAGCAGCAGAAGCAGCCUGAGAACGUGCGUCGCUACCUGGUCGUCCUCGAGGACCUGCACAAGACCCUGAACGAGGCCUGGAGCGAGAGAGCCCGCGACCUGACCGAGGCCCACCAGCUGCAGCUGUUCAAGGCACAGGUGGAGCAGGUGGAGAUCUGGCUGGCCAACAAGGAGGCCUUCCUGAACAACGACGACCUGGGUGACUCGUACACGGCGGUGGAGCGGCUCCUCAAGAAGCACGAAGAGUUCGAAAAGCUGCUGCAGUCGGACCAUGUGGAGACCCUGCAGAAGUUCGCCAACAGCAUCCUGGAAGGCGACCCGAAGGAUGCCGACCUGAUCCGCGAGAAACUGGCCUACAUUCUGAGAAGGAAGCAGAAGCUGAUCGAGCUGUCCGCCGAGCGGAAGCAGCGCCUGGUGCAGUCGCUCCAACUGCAGGAGUUCCUGCGCAGCCUCUACGAGAUCGACCGCUGGCUGGUGCAGAAGCUCCAGGUGGCCCUGGACGAGAACUACAGGGAGCCGAGCAACCUGCAGAGCAAGAUCCAGAAGCACGCCGCCUUCGAUGCCGAGUUGCUAAGCAACUCCCCGCGAGUCCAGUCGGUCAUCCACGAGGGCGAGCGGCUCAUCCGGGGCGAGCACUUUGCCAAGGACGAGAUUGCCCAGCAGGUGCAGCUCCUGGAGGGAGACUGGCUCAAGCUGAAAGGUGCUUCGCAGGCCAAGAAGGACAAGCUGCAGCAGGCCUACGACGCCCUGGCCUUCAGCCGCACCCUGGACGAGUUCAACAACUGGAUGGACGAGGUGGAGCUGCAGCUAAGCAGCGAGGACUACGGCAAGGACUUGGCGGCCGUCAGCAACCUGCUGAAGAAGCACGAGCGCCUGGAGGCGGACGUGGCCCACCACGGCGAGCUGGCCGAGCAGCUCAAGCAGAAGGACGAGCAGUUCUUCCAGGCGGACCACUUCCUGCGCCACGAAAUCCACGAGCGGGCCACUGCCAGCAUUAAGAGGUACAACACCCUGCACGAGCCCUUGGGCAUUCGCCGGGAGAACCUCGAGGACUCCCUCAGCCUGCAGCAGUUCCUGCGCGAUGCCGAGGACGAGCUGCAAUGGCUGGCGGAGAAGCAGCUGGUGGCGGGAUCUCAGGACCUCGGCACCAGCCUCCUGUCCGUCCAGGGGCUCCAGAAGAAGCACAACUCCCUGGAGGCAGAGCUGACCUCCCAGGAGCCGCUGAUCCAAGCGCUCCUCCAGCGCGGGCAGCAGAUGAUCCGGGACAACCACUUCGCCAGCGAGCAGAUCCAAUACAAGUCCGAGCUGCUCCAGAAGCAGCUUGUGACGCUGCGCGAUCUGGCGGCCAUCCGACGCCUCCGGCUCCUGGACGCCGUGGAGAGCCAGCUGUUCUACGUGGAGGCCAACGAGGCGGACGCCUGGAUGCGGGAGAAGCGCCCCGUCCUGGCCAGCAGCGACUACGGCCGCGACGAGGUCUCCGUUCAGGGCCACCAGAAGAAGCUGGAGGUGCUCCAGCGGGAACUCGCCGCCUUCAAGCCAUCGAUCGAGAAGGUGGCCAAGCUGGCCACCGGACUCAUCGAGAGGAACCACUUCGACAGUGCCAACAUCGGGGAGAAGAACGGCCAGGUCAGCCAGCAGUACGAGGACCUGCUCCGCCUGGCCAAGGAGCGGGAGCUGCGCCUGGGCGAGUGCAAGAAGCUGUUCGAGUACCUGCGGGAGACCGAGGAGCUGCACGAGUGGGUGGGCGACCAAAUGCAGGUCACCGCCAGCGAGGACUACGGCGAGGAUGUGGAGCACGUUGAGCAGCUGAUCCUGGCCUUCGAGUCCUUCGUCUCCAACCUGAACGCCAACGAGGCGCGCGUCGAAGCCUGCCUGGAGCGGGGCGACCGUCUCAUCCAGGAGAACAACCCCUACAGGAGCUCAAUCAAGUCCAAGCGCGACGAAACCAAGCAGCUGUGGGAGGAGCUCAAGGAUCUGGUGCACGCUCGCCAGGAUGCCUUGGCCGGAGCCAAACAGGUCCAUGUGUAUGACCGCGUGGCGGACGAGACCAUUCAGCUGAUCAACGAGAAGGAUGCCUCCCUGAUUUCCGAGGACUACGGACAGGAUCUGGAGAGCAUCCAGGCCCUGGGCAGGAAGCACCAGGUGUUCGAGUCCGAGCUAGUGGCCAUCCAGGGACAGGUUGACUCUGUCCUCGCGGAGGCCGGCAAGCUGGGCGAGAUCUACCCGGAUGCCAAGGAGCACAUCGAGGUGAAGCGCGACGAGACGGUGGAGGCCUGGACGGACCUGAAGGAGAAGACCAAUGCCAGGAAGAGCAAGCUCAGCCAAGCCGAGCAGCUGCAGUCGUACUUCGACGAGUACCGCGACCUCAUCGCCUGGAUCAACGAGAUGCUGGCCAAGAUCACCGCCCCCGAGCUGGCCACCAGCGUGGCCGGAGCCGAGCUCCUGUUGGCCAGCACCAAGGACCACGACACGGAGAUCCGAGCCAGGGACGAGACCUUCGCCAAGUUCGCCGCCAACGGCCAGCAGCUGAUCAAGGAGAAGCACUUCCUGGCCCACGAGGUGGAGGACAAGAUCAAGGUCCUGCAGGCGCGACACGAGCUCCUGAAGCUCACCCUGCAGAAGCGUCGGGAGAUCUACGAACUCAACUUGGACACCCAGCUGUUCCUCAAGGACGCCGAGAUCCUGGAGCAAUGGAUCAGCAGCCGCGAGCCACAGCUGAAGGACGCCAAGCUCGGGGACUCCAUUCCCCAGGUGGAGGACCUGCUGCGCCGGCACGAGGACUUUGAGAAGACGGUGGCCGCCCAGGAGGAGAAGUUCCAAGCCAUCAAGCGCAUCACGCUCCUGGAGCAGCUCUUCCGGCAGCAGCUGGAGCAGGAGAAGAUAAGCAAGCGGCAGGAGAAGGAGCGCCUGGAGAAGGAGCGUCUGGAGCAGAUCAAGCAGAGGGAGCUCCAGCGCCUGGCGGAUGAGCGACGCCGAGCCGAGAAACAGCAGGAGCAUCGCCAGAACGCGGCAUCCCAGGAGAAGACCCCUAUCUUCUCCGCUCCCAUGGUCACGCCAUCCCAGGGAGCCAGUGGUGGCUCGUCUCCGGCGACCCACCUGAAGCCGCCAUUCGGGGACGACAGCGAGAGCCUCGCCCUGCAGAAGAGCAGCUCCAGCGGCAUGUUCGGGGAUCGGCUGCGUCGCGGGUCCGCGGACGCGAAUGUCAAGCGCGCCGAGAGCAUGAAGGUGCAGCCGAAGCAGGCCAAGCGCACGCCGUCCUUCACCACAAGGCGCCGGGCGCAGUCCUUCCGAAAGAACCAGAAAGGCGAAGGAUUCGACCUGCCGCCAGUGGAGAUUCAGGGCAUGCUGGAGCGCAAGCACGGACUGCAGUCGGGCGGCAAGAAGGCCCCUGUGCGGUCCUGGAAACAGUUCCACACCGUGCUCUGUGGCCAGUUGGUGUGCUUCUUCAAGGACGAGAACGACUUCCUGCAGCAGAAGACGGCCACCGCCCCGGUCAACAUCCUGGGAGCCAAGUGCGAGCGCGCGGAGGACUACACCAAGAAGAAGUACGUCUUCCGCCUAAAGCUACCUGACGGAUCGGAGUUCCUGUUCGAGGCUCCGUCUCUGGACAUCCUCAACGACUGGGUCCGCAAGAUAUCCUUCCACGCUAGUCUGCCGCCAAACCUACAGCUGCUCAGCUACGACGAGUCCAUGAAGCAACAGUCGAGCAGUUCGCCGGACAUCAAGGUAACCAGCAGCGUGGAGUCGCCAGUCAGCUCGCGUAACUCCUCCCCCGACUCCCAGCGUCGCUCCAGCGGCGGCCAGCUCCUGGACGGCUCAGCCACUCCCCAGAUGGCCUUCCUGCAGCGACAAAUGCAACAGCAGCAGCAACAGCACCAGUCCCAGCCUGGAUCCCCCAGCUCGCCCACCUCCGGCUUCGACCAGAAGCCACCGAUACCGCCGAGAGGAGCGCCCCCAGUGGCCAGCCACCGCCAGAGCCAAGAGAACCUAGUGGUGCUGCGCCAACACCAAAGUUCCAGCAGUGACCUAACCGAUGGACGCCUCCAGCAAUCGGCUACUCUGCCCGCCGGCCUGAGCGGAGUCCAGCAGCAGAACGGAGGCAGCAAGGAUGACGGUGCAGUGCUGAAGCGCAACAGCGAGGCCAGACAAUCGGAUAAUCCGCCGCCAUUGCCAACAACGAUGCCACCGGUGGGUGGCCACCACACGACUCAGCAUCUGCAUCACACCCACCAUUCCCAUCCGAGCCAGCAGCAGCAGCACCACCAGGCGCAGGUCCAGCAGAGGAUCAAUGCCUUCAACGCGGCGGCCAGCCAGCAGCCCGACUACUACAACAACAACCUGGCGAGGCAGCAACACUCCCACCAGAAGGUGCCCUCUGGCAGGAUCGACUCCACCAGGAAGUUCAUCGAAAUGGAGUCGCACAACAACAACGGAAACGGGAGCAGCAGCAGCAACAGCAGUCCCAAGAGGAGCACCAUCAACUACUCCAGCAGUGGGGCGAGCAGCAACGGCAACGGUAAUGUGAAGCCUGGAAGUGGAAACACCACCAAGAUUACAACCACUUCGACCACCACCACUCACACCCACCACGUGACCUCGAGCAGUCGCACGGUGUGGCAUCUAACCAGCUCGCCCACCUCAUCGACCAAGUCAUCCUCAACCGGGGGCUCCUUGGAGCCGGGGAACACCAUCAAUGCCAUCAGUAAUCCAAGCUAUAUGGGUCUGCAUCUGAAUAACAAUUUCGAAACAAACGGAGCCGGUGGUUGGGGCACCAGCCGCUUCGAGAGCAACCGACCCGUCUCCCUGCAGCCAGACUCCAUCAGCUUCUCCCGGGUCUCCGCGGAGAGCUCCAGCGAGAGCGAGGCCCAGUCGAUAUCCUCCGUGUCGGGGGUGAAGGGCAGCAGCAGCAAGGGCAGCAAGGAGGAGCGACGCAGCGGCAUGUUCCGCAUAUUUGGACGCAAGGGCGACAAGGAGAAGGAGAAGGACAAGGACAAGCGCCGCUCCAGCCAAGUACCGCCGCAGUAAACCCCAAACCUGACGAACAGAAGCCACCGCUAGAACAGAUCAACAACCAGGCCGAAUUGUUUUUGUAUUUUUUAUAUACAUAUACACAUUAUAUAAUUAUUUAAUUUUUACCGAUACGCGCCAAGGGCCAACAAUUUGGAAAACAAGAUUCAAAAUAAACGAUACACGUGUCUACUUAAAAGCUAACGCGGUACCCGAAACACGAAAGUAUAAAAGGAUUAUUAUAUAUAUAUAAAGUCAAUGUUUUAAUUGCAUU